AUUUCCGUCCAUUCAAGACCUGUGUGCCGAACACUUUGACUGCUGCUCCACAACCCACUGGUCAACUACCCGUCGCACCUACAGAGCCACCUGCUGACGGAAGGCUCUCGCCACUGCCUCUUCUUUUGCGCAUCGCAUACACCCCCGAAAUUUGACUCGCUGCGUUCGCAUCACAGCCUCACGGACUCCAUCGCAAUUUCUAGCGGCGGCCUUUUGCCUGCAAGAUUUGCGAAGACAUAAUAAGGCUCAAAGUCCUGUCCAUCAUCGGCACCUAUGUGUAGGCCCACACUUUGAACACUAGGACAAACGGUCAAAAAUCGGACAAGCAAGUGCAGGUGCAUCGUUUUGCCAUGAAGCUGACGCCGGAACUUGUCGCGCGUUCGCAAUCGACGCUCUCGCCGCUCAAGGAUCGCGAGCUGGAUCUUCGGGGUCUCAAAAUCCCGGCUAUCGAUAAUCUUGGUGUGACCAGAGACCAGAAUGACUCGAUAGAUCUUACAGACAAUGAUAUUCGUGUGCUGGGCAAUCUCCCAUCGCUCCCUCGCCUCACUCAGCUCGUACUCUCCAACAAUGUCAUCACCAGCAUUGCCCCAAAGAUCGCCAACGCAGCACCUGGCCUCAUCACCCUGGUCCUUACAAACAACCGCCUCGACGCCUUAGCAUCUCUUCAGCCGCUCGCGAGAUUUCCGCGACUAGAGUAUCUCACUUUGAUUGGAAAUCCUUGCACGCGCAAGCCGCACUACAGGGAAUGGGUCAUAACGCGGUGCAAACACGUGAGGGUGCUGGAUUUCAAAAGGGUAAAGGAGAAAGAAAGGGCAUUGGCAAAGUCGCUCAUGGAGACGGAGGACGGCCGACCUUCGACGCUUGCUGCUUCCAUUGCUUCUUCAUCUAAAUUGGCGAUGCAGGCCACGGAUGGCGCAUCAGGCACCUUUGAACCAGGCUUUACCCAAAAACAGAAGGGUCAAGCAGGCAGAUUGAUGAGCGCAGAAGAGAGAAAAGCUUUGGAGGAAGCGAUAGACAGGGCUACUACUCUCGAAGAGGUCAAGAGGCUGGAGGAGCGUUUGCGAUUGGGCUAUACCAUUGAAGCUUCCAAACAGUCAUCUGCAGAUACAGAGAUAUGAUUCGGACGACUACAAGCCAAAGCUGUACCAAUAGAUCAUUCGCCAGCCAGAAAAAGCAAAAGGCCACUACGGGCGCGAGUGUGGGUCCACAGCCUAACCUCGCAUUUUCCUUUCUCGUGUGAAUUCUCGCAGCUAUCCUCGCCUCUCUGUGGUCCUGACUAGACUCAUAGCCAUGUUUGCUCGCCGACUGAGCGGGUCUCUCGUAUCAGUCAUCUUUCUGUACUCGUGGCCGGCACUUGCGAAUAUGGCCGCUGCUUGCUUGUUCAAUCCCGCCAAUCGUGCAAUCUCAGUAGUUCCCGACCC